GCACUUCUCCUUUGAGCUGUAAUCUUCAGAGCAGAGUGACAUGCAGACGGGGAGCUUGUGGAGGAAACAGCUUUGCUUCAACAUGAUCCUGCUUCUCUCUCUGCUGUUUCCCCUCUGGGCAGAACCUGCCGUGAGUCUGGAAGAGGACACAACUUUCACUUUGGAAGGAAAAGUGCGACACCUGGCCGUGGCUCCAGACGGAGUUUACAUCGCCACGGAGGAGAAACUCUACCAGCUGAGCCACAACCUGACACCGCUGCACUGUCCCACUCUGAGGGGUCUGUCAGGUGGGGAGGGGCAGGGGGAUGCUUCGCUUCAUUGUGUCUCAGAAAGAGAAUUAUGGAAGUCAAAUUUCACCGUCAACGUGCUCCUGCCUUUUGUGGCAAAUAAAACUCUGCUCAUCUGCGGCGUGACAGAGAAAAAACCACGAGGAUACUGUGAGGUUCUGGACCUGAAGAACAUUUCUAAAGUUCUGCACAGUGAAGACAUUCAGGUGGGGCCACUGAUGCAAAGCGACGCAUCCAUCAGCCUCCUGGUGGAACUGGAGAAGAAUCCACCUCAGAAGGAAACUUACAUUCUGACUGCCAUACAGCAAGAUCCAAAUAAACCCAGUACUAGGUCUGAUGCAAAGACAAUUAAUCUGCAGAACACGCUUGAGGCUCAAGACGGAGGUAUAUUUUCUCUCACUGAAGACCAAACCUUUACUCCGGUGAUUGAAAGUAAGGGUACUGUGGAGUUUGUAGAUGGCUUUCAGAUCAACCAAACUAUCUAUAUCCUCUCCAACGUGGACAAAAACAAAGUCCGUCUUCUUUGGCUUAAAGCUUCUAAAAGUAAAGAAGAAACUCUGGAAUCUCUGGAAGCCGCUACGCUCAACAUCAGUGGAUGGGAUGGGAGCAGAUUGCUGGCCUCCUCGGUUGUCCCAGGUGGAGAGCGGGUGCUUUGGAGCGGGGUAUUCUGUGUGGACAGAGGACAGACCAAUACCCAGCUGGUUCUGUUUGACAUCAGCCCUCCUGUCAUCAAUAAUCCCAACAAGGAACCAGAUUUCUACUUCAAGAAACCACCCACAAAUGCGCAGAGAACGUUGAAAAGCUUGACAGCUGAAACUGUUCUCUACAAGCAGAACAGCAUGACGUCUGUGCUGGCUGUGAGACAGAAGACCUGGAUGGUCUUCUUCGUUGGGACGGCGGAUGGACAGCUAAUUAAGCUUGUUGUGAGCCAAAACUAUAAAGUCCUCUGCCCUGAAGUGCUCUACAAACCCUGUGAUGAAUGUAAAGUGUUUCCCAGAAUGCAACUGGAUCCGGUGGAUCAAAAACACAUCUAUGUGCCGUUUGAAAAGAAGAUUCUACGUGUUCCUGUGUCACAAUGCAGCAAAUACAAAACUCUGCAGGAAUGUUGGGGUGCACAGGAUCCGUUCUGUGUCUGGUGUGGCUCCAACAACAGUUGCAUGUUUGAAGUGGACUGCAACAGUUCAAACUGGUUGUCCAUCCCUGAAAAACCUCAGAAGAAAAUGAUGACCUACAAAGUAGUGAAGGAGACCACUGGACGGAUUAAACUGGUCGUCCAGAUACAUGCGACUGUUGGAGAAAACAUGAAAUCCAGCUUUGCCUGUCGUUUCUCUGCGCCUCUAGACAACAUUGACUCGUCUUCACAGUUCCCUCAAUGCACCGUCGUCCUCCCUAGUCAUCUUUUCCUUGCUGCUGAGGGCUUGUCAUCUACACUUAAUGUCACAUUUGGAAAGGGGUGGGUGACAGAACAAGUCCAUCUCAAAAACUGCUCUAGGAUCCAUGAACACCAUAGUUCUUCUUUGUGUCAGCAUUGUAUCAGAGCUGGGUGUACAUGGACAAACAACCGCUGUUCUUGGGCCAGGGAAGGAGACCAGACUGACAGUGUUUGCCAAAAGACCUCAUCAAAUCCGGUUUCUGAGGAGCCUGUCAUCUCCUCUAUCACUCCCAGCAAUGUGUCUUUCCAUGGCAGAAACGGCGCUGUUCUGUCCGGCAGAAACCUUCAGGAUGUGAUUGGAGUGAGAAUCCAGACUGACACGGACUGUAACCAACCUGAAUCUCCAGUCUGGAACAACAAUGGCGUGAACCUGACGUUCAACAUUCCCAGCUCUGAAAAGAAGGGCCAGGUCAAUGUGUGUGUUCUCCUCCCAGACGGAAGCUGCCAUGGCAACGCCAGAAUCACUUACAAAUCGGAACCAAUCUGCAGAGAUAUUUCCCCCAGAAUCUCUUGGAUGAGCGGGAAGAGAAAGGUCUUCCUCAACGGCUCUAAUCUGGAAUUUGUGGAGGAGCUUUCAUACAUCCACCCUUCACAUGUCUUGCAUGACAUAAACAUCAAAAAUAAGACUAUUGAAUUUCACACCCCUGCAUCAGCAACACCCCAAAAGGUCACUGUUUAUAUGAAAGUGGCAAAUAAAACGUUGGAAUGCCCCAAAAAAAUAAUCUACUACCCAGAUCCAAAGUUCACGAACUUCAAAGACGCAGGGAAGGGGAAUGACGUCCAAGUCAUCAUUCAGAAAAAGGGAGACAAGCUGGACAUAAAGAAAGAGGAGCUGUCAGUGUGGGGAAUCCAUGAUGAGAAGGAGUAUCAGUGCAUCAUGGAAGCUAAAGAAAGCAGCAACAAGACAGAUUCCUUCAUCUGUGAGAUCAAAAACAUCGGAAACAUCAACUUUAAACAGCUGAAGAUAAAGUAUGGAGACACGACGGUUGUACUAAAACAACCCGGAGCUCAACUUUGGAUGCUGCUUGCCCUUCUUCUGGUACCAGUCAUCACAGUUGUGGUGCUGAUCGUUUACCGUAACAAACAGAGGAAGCUGACGGCCAAGAUGAACAGAUUUAUGGAAAACCUGGAGCUUGACAUCAGGAAUGACAUCCGACAAGGUUUUGUGGAUUUGCAGACUGAGAAAGCUGACCUGAUAGAGAACGUUGGAGCAAUUCCUUUCCUGGACUACAAGCACUUUGCAGCAAAGAUCUUUUUUCCAGAGGGUGAAGCUUUGAUGGCGCUGUGUAUCAAAGACAUUGGUCCGGAUGGAGUGAAGGUUGAGCUGGAUAAUUGCUGCCAGCUUUUGUUCAAGCUGAUCGAGGACAAACUCUUUCUUACUUCAAUGGUCCAAGCUAUGGAAGAGCAGAAGAGUUUUGGCAUCAAAGAUCGGUGUUCCAUGGCGUCCCUUCUCACUGUAGCACUUCAUAGCAACUUGACCUACCUGACUGAGGUGAUGGAGGUUCUGCUCAAAGACCUGAUGCACCAGAAGAGCAACGCUCAACCCAAACUGCUGCUGCGACGCACCGAGUCCACAGUGGAGAAGCUGCUGACCAACUGGAUGUCCAUCUGCCUCUACGGCUUCCUGCGGGAGAGCGUGGGCCAGCACUUGUUCUUCCUGGUGAGCGCCCUCAUGCAGCAGAUCGCCAAAGGCCCGGUGGACUGCGUGACGGGCAAAGCUCUGUACACGCUCAGCGAGGACUGGCUGCUGUGGGAGGCUCAGAACUUCAGCUCCUUGAAGCUGAAGGUGUUGUUUGCCGUGGGCAGUAGUGGGGAAGUGAGCGAGCCUCUGGACGUGGACGCUCUGACCUGUGACACGGUGGAGCAGCUGAAGGAGAAGAUUCUGACCUCCUUCAAAGCCAAGUUUGGUUUUCCCUACAACUGCCCCCUCCAGGAUCUCUGUGUGGAAUAUGAGAAGGAAGGAACCUUCAUUCCCCUUCAGGAAGUAGAUGCCAGUUCUGAGGUCAUUGGGGAGGUGACCAUGCUCAACACUCUGACGCAUUACAAGGUGAACGACGGAGCUACAAUCAAAGUGCUUUCCAAGAAAACUCACCCUCCUGUUAGCCCACAAGGGAGUGUGAAAGAUGACGAGAACUUUUCUGGAAAAUACUUCCAUUUGAUCAACCCAGAUGUGGACGAGGACCAGAGGAAGAACCCGGAGAGGAAGAAGUUGAAAGUGAAGGAGGUGCACCUCACCAAGCUGCUCUCCACCAAGGUGGCCGUGCAUUCGUUUGUGGCAAACCUCUUCAGGUCCAUCUGGGGGGUGUCCCACGGCAGACCCCCCCCUGCCAUCAAAUACUACUUUGAUUUCUUGGACGCUCAAGCAGACAGCAUGAAGAUCACAGACCCAGAUGUUCUGCACAUCUGGAAGACCAACAGUUUGCCUCUGCGCUUCUGGGUCAACAUCCUGAAGAACCCGCAGUUCGUCUUUGACCUGGAGAAGACUCCGCACCUGGACGGCUGCCUGUCGGUCAUCGCCCAGGCCUUCAUGGACUCCUUCUCUCUGAGUGAGACUCAGCUGGGAAAGGGCGCCCCCACCAACAAGCUCCUCUACGCCCGAGACAUUCCCACCUUCAAGCAGGAAGUGAAGGCGUACUACAAACUGAUCCGAGACCUGCCGCCGGGGCAGGACGCGGACUUCAAAAAUUUCCUACGAGAAGAAUCAAAGAAACACGAGAACGAGUUCUGUGAAGCUGCGGCCCUCAAAGAGCUCUACAAAUACGUCCAGCAGUACUUCAAAGAGAUAAAGGAGAAACUGGAGCAGAACGGCGCCCCCGCUGAGCUGACGGAGCAACUGCAUCACGUCAAAGAGGCUUUUGACGGACUGAAGAGCUGCUCCUGGAACUGAACGCCGGACUCACUGAGGAAACGCGCUCCCGGAGCGUCCGACACCGGCCAGGGGGCGUCGGCAUCAGAGUUUGCACACGAGUCCUGCAGGGAAUCGAACCCUUUGAGGGGGCGAUGUUUGACUUGAAUAACAAAAAGAACUCCGCACAGCUCCAUAAAAGACAUAUUUUCUGUACAUUUACACAUUUUUUAAAUUAAAAUGUAAACUAAA